CACUCCCUGCCUGGAUUCGGCGCGCUUUUCCUCUUGGUCCUCCCGGGUUUCUGCGCGGGACGCGGGCUCGAUCGGCGUGAAGGAGCCGCUGACUGCUGGCUUUUGACGGGGGAGACUCCCUUUUCCUCCGGGUCAGCGCUUGAAGCGGGGGGGGGGAGGAGAGGGCGUGAAUUUGUAUGGCAGGUGGGGAUACGGCAGGUGAAGCACCCGGGUGAGGGAAGGGAAGGUGGGCGAAGGCGCUCCGCCGGCCAUCGGGAGCCUUGGAGGGAAGAGCUGACCCCGGCGGGCAGAAGUCUAACAAGGGAAGCCUUGGGAGUUAGCCUUGACCUGAAAUCUACAUAGCUCCUUAACUCUGCAACACAAUGUUCUCAGAGCAAGGUAUCCAGUCUGCACAGGGCCUCUUGACAUCCCCGUCUGCAGUGGCUUCCACCUUUGCCCGUGUGCCCAUUUCAACGUAUACGAACUGCUCCCAGAAUUUCAGGCUUGGGGAACGAAGUUUCAAUCGGCAAUAUGCUCAUAUCUAUGCUACACGCCUUAUCCAGAUGAGACCGUUAUUGGUGGACAGAGCCCGGCGUAAAUGGGGGAGCAACAUUACAGUGAAAAAGCUAUGCGAGUUGCAGAUCUCAGAGAAGUGUUGUGUGGUGGGAACACUCUUCAAGUGCAUGCAGCUUCAGCCUUCCAUCUUACGGGAAAUCAGUGAAGAGCACAACCUGCCUCCCCAUCCUCCCCGCCUCAAAUACAUUCACGAGUCAGAUGAACUGAUCCUGGAGGAUGAGCUGCAGCGGAUCAAACUUGAGGGAGAGAUACCGAUUGACAAGCUGGUGACAGGGACCAUCCUUGCCGUCUACGGUUCAGAGAAGGACGAUGGCAGAUUCCUUGUGGAAGAUCACUGCUUUGCAGAUAUGCCAACCCAGCUGCCUAUGAUGGGGCCCAACACAGACAAGUUUGUCUUGCUGGUGUCAGGCUUGGGCCUUGGUGGCAAGAGUGGAGACAGUCUCCUGGGCAUGCAGCUUCUGGUGGACAUGGUGACAGGACAGCUGGGCGCAGAGGGGGAGCAAUCCAGUGCGGCCCUAAUUUCUCGGGUCAUUCUGGCAGGCAACUUGCUUAGCCAGCAUACCCAGAGCAGAGACAACAUGAACAAGGCAAAAUAUCUCACCAAGAAGACUCAAGCAGCCAGUGUGGAAGCUGUAAAGAUGCUGGAUGAAAUUCUGCUGCAGCUCUGUAUGUCCAUCCCUGUAGAUGUAAUGCCAGGCGAGUUUGAUCCAACCAACUACACGUUGCCUCAGCAGCCCCUGCACCGCUGCAUGUUUCCUCUCUCGAAUGCCUACACCACCCUGCAGCUAGUCACCAACCCAUACCAGGCAAACAUUGAUGGAGUCAGAUUUCUGGGAACUUCAGGCCAAAACGUGAGUGAUAUUUUCAAGUACAGCAGCAUGUCUGAUUAUCUGGAAAUUCUGGAAUGGACCUUAAGGAUUGGGCAUCUCAGCCCCACAGCUCCAGACACUCUGGGCUGCUAUCCAUUUUACAAGACAGACCCCUUCAUCUUCAGCGACUGCCCUCAUAUCUAUUUCUGCGGCAAUGCGCCCUCCUUCAAAUCCAAGGAAGUCAAAGGGGAAGAUGGCCAGAAAGUCUUGUUGGUGACACUUCCUGAUUUCAGCUCAACAAAGACUGCUUGCUUGAUCAAUUUGUGUGAUCUCACUUGUCAGCCAGUUACUUUCUCGGCCUUUGGUGAUGAUGAUGAUGAAGAAGAAGAGACAGUGAUGGAGACUGCUGACUGAGAGACAGGGGCUUAGUUCUCCUUCCUGGAACUUGGGACUCAUCCCUGUUCCUACUUUUUACUGUUGAGUUUGACCUUUGAUUCAAUUAGAUAGGAAUACAAUAAAAUAUUCCAGUUUCCUUCACAUGUGUUUGGUCUUCAUGACCAAGAAUAAGAGGAAUUUCUUGUAUAAUUCAUUUUAUUCAAUGAAUACAACUGUUGGAAAAUCGAAAAGGCUCAAGGUAACCCUGGACUGCCUCCUGGGCGGCAGCUGCUUCAAACUCAUCCAUGAAUUUAGCAAAUCUCAAUCUUCCUUCUUGACUGUUGCAGUCAAGGCACCAGCUUUCCUUGAUGUUAGGAAGACCACAACAAAGUGAUACUGACUUUGUAACUGGGAGACAAUUAGGCUGUACACUUUGGGAAAAACCCAGAAUCCUAUGGGAUUCAAGCAUGACAAAAGUGACGGAAAGGAAGCCAUUUAUGCCUUGGAAACUUAAGCUGGUUGGCAUUUUGAUGUCAAAAAUAGAUAUAUAUAUAUUUUUCAAAUCAAUUUUCAACUUAAUCAAUUUUUGUUCUGGUUCUAGUUAUGUCUCUUAUUCUAUUCUUUAAGAGGUCUUUUCUUAAAUAGAACUGGAAAGAAAUUUGAGAUUUUCAUACAGCAGAUCCCU